AUUACGUAGCUCUGGCGGCCCGGCGUCCUUGCGGUUUGGCGGGCGCGCCGUUAUGGCCGGCCCGGUGCGGGGCGGAGGGCCCCAGGCUUUGGACCUGCUGCGGGCCCUUCCUCGUGUGAGCCUGGCUAACCUGAGGCCGAACCCGGGCUCCAGGAAACCGGGAAGACGACCAAGAGGUCAGAGAAGAGGUAGGAAAUGUGGCAGAGGCCACAAGGGAGAACGACAGAGAGGAACCCGGCCCCGGCUGGGCUUUGAGGGAGGCCAGACUCCAUUUUACCUUCGAAUCCCAAAAUACGGGUUUAAUGAAGGACAUAGCUUCAGACGCCAGUAUCAGCCUUUGAGUCUCAACAGGCUGCAGUAUCUUAUCGAUUUGGGUCGAGUUGAUCCUACACAACCUAUUGAUUUAACCCAACUUGUCAAUGGGAGAGGCGUGACCAUCCAGCCAUCUAAAAGGGAUUAUGGUGUCCAGCUGGUAGAGGAGGGUGCUGACACCUUUAAGGCAAAAGUUAAUAUUGAAGUACAGCUGGCUUCAGAGCUGGCCAUCGCUGCGAUCGAGAAGAACGGGGGUGUCGUCACGACGGCCUUCUACGACCCUCGGAGCCUGGAAAUACUGUGCAAACCUAUUCCAUUCUUUCUCCGUGGACAACCCAUUCCCAAGCGAAUGCUCCCCCCUGAGGCACUGGUAACCUAUUACACUGAUGCAAGGAAUCGUGGUUACUUGGCGGAUCCUGCUGAAUUUCCUGAAGCGAGACUGGAGCUUGCCAAGAAGUAUGGUUAUAUCUUACCUGAUAUCACGAAAGACGAACUCUUCCAAAUGCUCAGCACUCGAAAAGAUCCAAGGCAGAUUUUGUUUGGUCUUGCUCCUGGGUGGGUAGUGAAUAUGGCAGAUAAGAAAAUCCUCAAACCUACGGAUGAGAAUCUCCUCAAGUACUACAGCUCCUGAGUUCCUUCCAAGAGAGCAGAUGGUAAAAGAGCACCAGAAAGGGACCGAAACACGUGUGUUUCCCGUUGCAUUUGCUUAAUUUGUAAUUCUGCAGAUGUUGGUGUUUUCUGUGUAAUCAUCUCUCUCUUUCUUAUCUAAAUUAAAAUAAAAAUACAGUAAGCAAGGACUGCA